GUGGUGGUCGACUUUUUCGCAACAUGGUGCGGGCCCUGCAAAACACUCGCGCCCAUACUCGAGGGACUUGAGCGUAAGCACACAUCGACCAUUUUUGCCAAGAUCGAUGUGGACCAGGCCCAGGACUGCGCCAAACAGUAUGGGGUCUCUGCCAUGCCAACCAUUCUCUUUUUCAAAAACCGUUCUGAGGUCAGUCGCGUCGUAGGUGCGGAUGUGGGCAAAAUCCAGGCCUUGAUCAAGACCUACGAAGGCGGGUCUUCGUUUAGUGGAACUGGACAGACCUUGGGAGGCAGCAGCAGCAGCAGCAGCAAUAAUUUCGCGGACAAAUCCGCCUCGCCAUCGAUUGCGGGUCGCAGAAACCGUGCAUUGGACAGCGAGCCAUACCAUAUGCGUCUUUGGACCGCCCUUGGGCAUCUCUCCACAGGCGUACUUAAUUUUUGUGCUCGAUGCGUCCAGAGUGUUUUCUUUGCUGCGACCUCUGCAAAGGCAGGGCUUGUUCGUAGUGGCAGCGCAUCAGCUGAAGUUAAGACCAUCGAGGGUCCUGGGGGAAGCUGCCAGAUCCAGGUGCGCAUGUUGGAUGGAUCAUCAAUCCGCGGGGACUUUGAGCCGGAGCACACGGUACAACGAGUGCACGACUUUGUUCGGGCAAACAUGGAAGCAAGAGGCAUCAAGGCACCAGGUUUCUCGCUGAUGACCAACUUUCCAAAGACGUGA